AUGGGGGCAGAGCUAUGGCCACCUGCGGAGUCACCCUGUUAUCCCUACCAGGAUCUCACCUUGAAGACCCAGCUGGAGGCGGUAAAUGGAAAGAAAAUGCCUGCCCUGGAGGUGUUCGCCCAUGCCCUGUGCUUCUUCAAGGAGCAUGCCCUUCAGGAGCUGAGGGAGCAAUGCCCAUCGCUGCCAGAGAAGGACACUGUGCGCUGGGUGUUGACGGUGCCUGCCAUCUGGAAACAGCCAGCCAAGCAGUUCAUGCGGGAGGCUGCCUACCUGGCUGGCCUGGUGUCUAGAGAGAAUGCAGAACAGCUACUCAUCGCCCUGGAGCCUGAGGCCGCCUCUGUCUACUGCCGUAAGCUGCGUCUGCACCAGCUCCUAGACCUGAGCAGCCGGGCCCCAGGCAGUGGGCGCCUGGGUGAGCGACGUUCCAUUGACUCCAGCUUCCGGCAAGCCCGCGAGCAGCUGCGAAGGUCCCGCCACAGCCGCACGUUCCUGGUGGAGUCGGGGGUCGGAGAGCUGUGGGCAGAGAUGCAAGCAGGUGGGGCGACAGGGAGAUGACGGGAUAUGUCUUGAGUCCUACGGGACACCAUAU